AUGGGCCCCAACCAGUACUCCGUACGUGAAGUCAAAAGUGCGGCUCGGAGAAUGGAGAAGAGAACAAGCGAGGCCGAGAAGGACUGGCACCUGACAAGGGGUGGAUUGAGACCGAGAUUAACUUCUUUUACUAAAACCGUCGUUGAUUGGUGGGAUAUGAGUAUGAUUGACUACUCGCAGCUGGGAUUGGUAAUCAUGGACCCUAUCAAUGAGCCUCGUACUAUAAUGUAUGUCAAAGAAGUAUGGACCAAAUCCCAUCCCGAAAGGGAAACGAUCAUCUACGUCAUCAGUACGGAGUAG